AUGUCAGUAUGGACUGAUAAUAUGUUUAUGAUCUUUGCUGGUAUACUUAUUAGAAAUUCACCUCAACAACCACCACUCUUUCUUCAAAUAGAAGAGGAUUUUUCACAAAUGGGAUUUUUCGAAAGAAUGAAUGCUGAAGGACCAUUAAAAUUUUCUGCUCGUCAAAUUGCUCAACGAGCUAUCACAAAUAAAAGAAUGUGUAUUACUCUUCAAGAACCAUCUACAUUUAAAGGACAUGUUUAUAUGGAAAAUGAUGGACUUGCUGUUGUGGCAAUAACUACAAAAUCAUAUCCUGAUCGUGUUGCUACAGUUGUAUUGAGUAAAAUGAUGCAAGCAUUUAGACAAUUAUACAAAGGACCAUCCUUCAACACUAUUAAAUCAGACUUACAAUUUAAAUACCAACCUGUGUCUGGAUUAUUUCAACAAUAUAUUGACCCAAAAAAAGGAGAUAAAUUAACACAAAUUCAAACUGACUUAACAGAAACACAGGAAAUUUUAGUUAAGGCAAUGGAUGAAUUAUUAGAACGUGGUGAAAAAUUAGAUGAUCUUAUUGAUCAAAGUAAUGAUCUUUCAACAACUUCAAAAGCAUUUAUGCGACAAGCUGAAUCAAUGAACAGUUGUUGUUAA